AUGGGGAGAUCGUCUGCGAUGAAAAGCAGGGCCAAGAGCAAAGCACCGCACCAGCUACUGCCGGAUGCUCGUCAUGACCACAUAUCCUGUCUGCCGAUGGAGAUCCUGGAAAUGAUUGUUGAGAACAUCACAGACUCGACUACAAUGGGGAAAUUGAGCCGAACAAGCAAGAUCUAUUACUCGCUCGCGGCACCACGCCUGCACCGGCGAAUGGUCGUCCUUGAAGCCUACCAUUCGCGACUCCUGAAGAUGGCCAGAGCUCUCGACUCCCAUCUAACUAUAGCACAGAAACGGCAGCUUGAAAAGAAGGUUGACAAAUACCAAAGCCACCAGGGGAGAUUUCCAGACCACAUCGACCAGCAUGGAGUGCCUCAAUGCGCAUCCUUCGUCCGCCAGCUCAUUGUUGGUUCUUUCGGUUUGGGCGAAGAGCAUGAAGAAACUGUGAACCAGUACUUAGGACAUGCAUUGGAUCAUUGGAAAAACCUAGAGAUAGUAGAUAUUAGUUUUCUGACAAAGCCCAUUGCAGAGAAGAUGGCGUCUCUUGAAAAGCUAAAGGCUCUUUCAAUCAGCACAAACGCGUUCAGUGAAACCGCUAUCAAGCCGCUAGCCGAAAUCCAGAGCUUGCAACAUCUCAGCAUGAUUGAAAUGGAUAGUUAUCAGCUUACACCCGGCGAGAGCGUACUUGCUAGUCUAAUCCGCAAUUCAAAGUCCACUCUCAAGAGCCUUCGAGUGAUAGGCAUGGGAUACACAACCUCAUUUCUAAAUCACUUGGGAGAAGCGGUGCCUACUAGCAGAGGCUCUACAAAUGCCCAGCAUCAUGUUUUCUCGGCUCUGAAAUCACUCACCUUAGAAGACACGACUCUAGACACAGAGGUGAUCCGUCACUUGAAGAGAUCGGUUGACUUCCUCGGGCUCGACGGGCUUGAAGUUAGGCGUGUAGCUGGUGCAUCCGAGCUCUUUUUCAAAACCCUCACGAAAAUGGCGGCCACAACUUCACAUAUUCGUCUACAUACCCUCUUCCUAACGCUUUCCAGCGUCAAAAACGACGAGACAGACGAAGAACUACAGCAGCCAGCGACGAUGACGCAGCUGCAUAAACCACUCAUUAAAGUGAAAUGCCAGUUCAUCUCAGCGUUCAAUACGCUCACAUCGUUGGAGCUACAUAACGACUCACGACACAUGAUCGAUACCACCGCUGACCCAGUCAUCGAAGAGCAGAUCGUGCAAGCUAUUACCCGGCAUAGAGGGCUAAAAGUGCUCAGGAUUUCAUUUGGUGAGCUUAUAAGUAACCGCAGGGUCUCCUAUCUGUCCGCAAGAUCUGUGUCAGCUCUUGUCAACAACUUGCCUCAGCUUGAGGAGAUCGAAUUCGCCCCAGAAGAAAACGAAAUUGAAGACAUUGGUAUUGCGCUGUCACAUGCAGCUAAACUAAGAGUCAUCACAUGUUACCCCCAUCGCAGCCAGCGGCGCUUUCCCUUCAACCCUACUUCGGGGCGGAUCAUUCUUGACGGUGUUAUCAAGGGAUUCUUAUCCCGUAGCAGUGAGGAUAGUGAAGAAGGGAAGUUUAUAUGGGAGGACUGCUUCAAACUGAAGAGCAUAUCCGUAAAAUAUCAAAUGUGGGAUGUCGGUUCGAACCUGGGGAGAACACGAAGAGGGAUGAAGAAGGCGGAAACCCUAGUGAGCACUGAUGGGGAACGCGAGGUGAUGUUUCGUGAGGUUAGAGGGUUGAAGCGGCCCUUUUCUAUACCACUUGGUCAUGACCCUGAGUAUACGUGGGUGAACAAAGUGGCCAUGGAUAUUGAUUGCACUUAG